ACACCUACCCAUGCUGCACCUCUUUCAUGCCCUGGAGCACCUUCUAUGCCUUCCAUGCCAUUGAUCCAUGCCUCCUGUCCAUUGGUGGUCCUGGUCGUGUCGGUGCCCAAGCAACCAUGUGGAGCACCAACAGUGCGCCUCUGCUCUUCUCCUGCCUGGCGCUCACGGCUCUGUGGAGAUGCAGAUGGGUAGACGCCGAUGCCACAUCUGAUGCCUUCAAAACCAACAUCACCCUGUUUACACGAAUCCUCGACAGCCUGCUGGAUGGCUAUGACAACCGUUUACGGCCCGGUCUUGGAGACAGGGUAACUGAGGUGAAGACAAACAUCUUCGUCACCAGCUUUGGACCUGUUUCCGACACAGACAUGGAGUACACCAUUGAUGUUUUCUUCAGGCAAUCCUGGAAGGAUGAGAGAUUAAAAUUUCAUGGACCAAUGAAUAUUUUGCCUCUUAACAACCUGAUGGCGAGUAAAAUCUGGACCCCGGACACCUUCUUCCAUAACGGGAAAAAGUCUGUGGCUCAUAACAUGACCAUGCCUAAUAAAUUGCUGCGGAUCAAAGAUGACGGGACAUUACUGUAUACCAUGAGGUUAACCGUCCACGCAGAGUGCCCAAUGCAUCUGGAGGAUUUUCCCAUGGACUUUCACUCCUGUCCACUGAAAUUUGGCAGCUAUGCCUACACCAUCUCAGAAGUGACUUACGCUUGGACACGGAAUGCCUCUGAUUCUGUAGUAGUGGAAGAAGAAAGCUCUCGCUUGAACCAAUAUGACUUACUUGGACAAACCGUUGGACAGGAGACCAUUAUAUCAAGCACAGGUGAAUACACCGUGAUGACAGCUCAUUUCCAUCUGAAGAGGAAGAUUGGCUAUUUUGUCAUCCAGACGUAUCUGCCUUGCAUCAUGACUGUCAUUCUCUCUCAAGUGUCUUUCUGGCUCAAUAGAGAAUCCGUACCAGCAAGGACUGUGUUUGGUGUAACCACCGUGCUCACCAUGACAACACUAAGUAUCAGCGCUCGCAACUCCCUUCCUAAAGUCGCAUACGCCACCGCCAUGGACUGGUUCAUCGCCGUCUGCUACGCUUUCGUCUUCUCCGCCCUGAUUGAGUUUGCCACAGUCAAUUAUUUCACCAAGCGUGGUUGGGCCUGGGAUGGAAAAAGUGUGGUGACUGACAAGAAAAAAGAGCGCGCGUCCGUCAUGAAGAAGAACAAUGCCUACGCUGUAGCGGUGGCCAAUUACGCGCCUAAUAUCACCAAGGACUCCAGCACGCUCCCGACCAUCGCCAAGGGAGGCGCUUUGGAAGCCCACAAGGCCAAAGCAGACGGUAAAGUCCCGGACAGCAAGAAGACGUUCAAUAGUGUUAGCAAAAUUGACAGGAUGUCAAGGAUUUUGUUUCCCGUCCUGUUUGGAUCCUUCAACCUGGUUUACUGCACCUACCUAAACAGAGAACCCGUCAUUAAAGAUAUGGUGCCCUCCACUUAAGAGGCCUGCUUUUUGGAGUUCUGGUCGAGGACUGAGAACCAAAUACCUCCAUGCAACUGUGUGUACAUACUUUUGCAGAGUGACGUCCUGGAUUGCAGCGUGAUCCUCUAUCCUAUUUUCUACACCGUCCGCAGCACUUUUGACAACUCUGGCUUUUGUAAAUGUGUAUGUCUAUUUAUAUUCAAUGUUUCAUUGGUGUGACCACGUCCAUUAGAAUGUGUUCAAGUAUGUGACCACUGUAGAUACUCAGUAGAUCUUUCAUUUCAUUUCAAUCAUGUAUUAAUAUUUUGCUGUAAUGCCCAUUUUCGACGUUUCACAAUAUUCUUUGGAGUGAAAUGGUUUUAUUUUUUUCCGUCUCAAAGUGGCCUCACUAUUUCCUGUCUAAGCCAAUGAAAAAACCCAGUUGUAUAACAUUGUUCAAGAACAAACCUUUUGUUGUCUAUGUCUAAGGCAGUGUGGCUCCCUAUCACCAUGUAAAACAUAUUCAGAAAUACUAUACUUUGCAAUAUGAAUCAAGAUAUGAUACGAUAGUGCACUUCAGUACAGCGGUACCUCGAAUUUUUUGUUUGCAAUCCAUUUCCAAAGAUCAGACAAAGUUUGAAUCGUACAAAAACUGGAGCAAUUUUUUAAAAUCCUAUUUUAGACACAAAACAAAUGUUAUAGAGAAAACUGCAUAGAACAUUAUUUGUCUGGACAUUCUUUGUGCAUAAUGAUAUGGCAGCAAACAGACCAGUUUGGUCGUUUGAUAACUAAAACGAAAUACGAAAACCAAGGCGAAAUUCCGGGAGUAAUGUGACAGUAUAAAAUGUCGCAUCACGGUUAUUCUGACCAAAAUUAUCGUGGUUAAUAUUAUCAUCAUGGUACUGUUGAAUAAGCUCAAAAAGUACUUACACACACACACUGAAAUCUUUUAACCAAGUUUUAUUUCAUGAGUCAUCAUAUUGUUAUUACAGUGUUUAAAUAUGUUCAAAUUAUUCUGUUUUAUAUUGUCAAAGUUUAACAGUGUCUUUCAAUGAUAAAGGCAAUAUGGUGCCCUUCACUUCCGGGUAAUGUUACGUCUUUCUGUUGUAGAUACGUCUAUUUAUGGAACUUCAUAUUUACUUACCUGAAAGUUCAAUGUGCACAAUGGAAUAGCGUAGAUGUGUUAAUACACGUUUGGAUUGGGGUAUGAUGUUUGUAAUGGUUAAAGACGGUAAUCUGUAUUGUAUUCAUGCUAAUGGGUAAACUAGCUAGCGAUUAGCCCGCUAGCUGCUUCUCCUUGAGGUUUUUUUUUUUUAAAGUGCGGUAAAAUGUACAAUAAUUUUUAUUUCAAACGGUGAUACUAAUCCGAAGGAAUUUUAUUGAGGUUUAUCAUUUGUACAAUAAUCGUUACAUUGUUACAAACCACAAACAAAAACCAAGGUACCCGCUGUACGUUGACUUUACAAGCAUAAUGAUGAGUUUCCACAUACAACCAUUAGGGAGCAGAAAAGUACAUGACAAGCAGCUGAUUUAAAAAACAAAAGUUGAUAAGAUAUUUUCAUCUAUUUUUUACGCUGUGUCUUUCCAAGGGUUUUUGUUUCAUGGCACAAACACCAUCGAGAGCUGUGCAACUAAACCAAAACAGAUUUGUAAUAUUGUUAAGGUAUGUUCAAACAUUUUCUCGUUCUGUGUGAUGAACUUUGAUAUUAUGAUUAAUUCCUUCAGUUUAAACUCAAAAACAACCACACACACACAAAAAAAAUGUAUUUCCUUUAUAUUUGUAGCCACACAUCAGAAAUAGUGAGUUUAACUCACUUUUAUUUUACUUUUCUUUUUUAUCAAACAUUGCAUGACACACAAAUCUUGCUUGCUUUCUUUUCUUAUCUUGCCGGGUGUUUUUUUUUUACUUAAAUUCUUAUACAUUCCAGCUAAGAAUGAUUUUUCACAAGUGGAUGCUUGAUUCAGUGCACAGUUUCUAAUAAAACACAUCACCUGCGUCAGAUAUCUUUUUAUUGACUUUGUUCAACUUAUGACGAGCUUUUACUGGAAAUG